AUGACGUACCCUAUCAGUCAAUCCCAGCUGCUUGUCCAGUCUCCAGACGCGCUGUCUUCAGCACGAAGUACAUUGGAGAAAGAAUCAGCACAGUUGGAGAAGUCACAUCGGGAAUUAGAACGAAUGAUGAUGAUGUGUACCGUUUUCAAUGAUGGAAUCCUCAUUCACAGGAAUCCCGAGAAGCCAGAAUAUGCCUUGGUCGUUGGAGGCCGCAUUCCGAAAGCAAAGGAGAUGACCUUGGGAGAGGCUGAAUUAUUCAAGAAUAACUCCAUCCGCUCGAAGUUCGGGCUUGAAUUAUUGGGCGAUAUGCCCCCAAAGCGCAUUUUUUGCUCGAGAACUUGCAGGCGCUGUAACCGUCCCUCUGGCCUCCGAUGUUCUGCAUGCAGAACAUGCUACUGCUCAAAGCUGUGUCAAGCCAAGGAUUGGAAAAGACACGUAUUCGCCUGCUGCGCCAAGGGUCGGCCAAACGACGUGGAUCGUCUUAAGAUUAUGACCAGACAGUGGAUCUUUGCAUCGCAAGACAAAAGCUCCCGAACAACACUGCUCACGGCCCUGUUUUCCGACGGUGAUCUCUGUAAGAUGUUUGGGUUCAACCAGUGUGUCGAAGAGUUUGAAGUGGCCAACCUUUUCUGCAUAUACGCCAACCUAGUGCAGAGUGUUGGAUCUGUAAAUCUUCAACACUAUGUUGAUGAGCAACUUCUGGGCGAUUUUAUCCAAAGUUGGAUCUCUGCAAGCCAAAUUCAUAGGCCCGGUGAUGAUAGGGACUGUCCUUGUUUUCCAUGGUUUCUCAGCAAACGCCUGACAGGCUUCGAUAUUCCACAUAAGGAAGGGUCCUACACAUACCAGGUCCAUGCUACGAUUAACCUCAAGCGAUACUUUUCUCCUGGAUCCGGUUUAUCUCAUUCUGAGAAGUCUGUCGCAUCUCUGUAUUCAAUCCUCCUCCGAGACUUUAACAAUAUCCCUGAUGCUAGCACCGUGGAGUGGAUCUUGUUCGGCUUUUGCUAUUGCAUAAGCACUGGGCACCGAGAGGCUUUUGUGGCAGCGUACCUUGAGCUCGCAAAGAACGGGACUCCACUUGAUCAGAUAGCCAAAGCUUGGGAGACUUCAUCGCUCCAGCAUCUAAAGAAGAGCCAAGGAAUUGAUAUUUCAUUACUUAACGCGGAUAUCGAUUAUUUUCAGCAAUCUUCAGUCGACGAGUUCGGAAUAUCGUCUCAUGGCCGAGGUCAAGCACGCCCUUUCUGGCUCGUACUGUCUCUUCUUCCGGCCCGCGUGCCAAUUUCACUCGAAGUACGAGACACUCCUAAGUAA